CUUUUCAUCUCCGUACUGUCGGCGGUCCAGGAGAGGAGGAGGAGGAGGCUGCUUCACCCCCCCCCCCCCCCCCUACCUUGAAUGACAUGCUUGCAUCAUGACCGUGGAGGAUGUUGCCCACGUUCCCGCGAGCUGCUGAGUGGGCGGGGCCACAUUUCUGCAGUGCUUUUUGUUGGCGAGGAGGAGGAGGAGGAUGAAGAUGAGCAAGAUGGCAGCAGAGUUGUGCAAGAUGAAGGAUGAGGUGUUGCGGUGCAAUUAGUGAAUGAGCUCCGGGUGGCCGCCCAGCAGAGACCCCCACGCACGGCGACGAGGACCACCGGGGGGGGCGGACGAUGCUCGCUGCUUCGGCAUGCCGCGCGGCGCUUGAUGGAAUGCGAGCCGAGUGACGCCGCGCCGAGCAUGGCCGAGGAGAAGGUGGACAUCGACCCGGACUUCGAGCCCCAGAAGCGGCCGCGCUCCUGCACCUGGCCGCUGCCCCGUCCGGACUGUGGCGCGGGGAAAGCGGGGGCGAAUGACGUCAUCCCGGAGGAAGAGGAUGACGAGGAGGGGCUGAGAGGAGAGACCCCGCGGCCGCCGGACGAGGCCGAGGAGGGCUCGCCUCCCUCGGCUCAACUGGCGCCGGCGGCCGCGGCCCCGCAGCCGGCGAGGAAGUGUUCGGCCCGCAGGAACGCGUGGGGGAAUUCCUCCUACGCGGACCUCAUCACGCAGGCCAUCGAGUCUUCCCCCGACAGCAGACUGACUCUGUCCCAGAUCUACGACUGGAUGGUCCGCUCCGUGCCAUACUUCAAGGACAAGGGCGACAGCAACAGCUCGGCCGGGUGGAAGAAUUCCAUCCGGCACAAUCUGUCCCUCCACAGCCGCUUCGUCAAAGUCCAGAACGAAGGCACGGGCAAGAGCUCCUGGUGGAUGGUCAACCCGGAUGGCGGCAAAGGGGGCAAAGCGCCGCGGCGCCGCGCCGUCUCCAUGGACAACAGUAAGUACAUCAAGGGCGCCCGGGGCCGGGCCACCAAGAAGAAGGCCUCGCUGCAGGCCGCCCAGGACGGCAGCUCCGAGAGCCUCUCCAAGUGGACGGGGAGUCCCACCUCCCGGAGCAGCGACGAGCUGGACGCCUGGACCGACUUCCGCUCGCGGACCAACUCCAACGCCAGCACGCUGAGCGGCCGCUUGUCGCCCAUCCUGGCCAACCUGGAGUUGGACGAGGUCCCCGCCGACAGCUCCCCCCUGUCCCCCAUGUUGUACUCCAGCCCCAGCAGCAUGUCGCCCUCCACCGUGCCCGCCGGGCUCUCCGACCUGGCGGGGACCAUGAACCUCAACGACGGCCUGUCCGACAACCUGAUGGACGACCUUUUGGACAACAUCAGCCUGACGGCGGCGCAGCAGCCUCCUCCCGGCGAGGAGGACAAAGGUCAGGGAAGCGCCGUGUUCACCUUCAGCUGCUCGGGAGGCGGACUCGGCAGUCCGGUGGGAAGCUACGGUCCCAAUCCUCUCUUCAGCCCGCCGUCCAUCACCAGCCUGCGCCAGUCGCCCAUGCAGACCAUCCAGGAGAACAAGCAGACCACCUUCUCCUGCGCCUCGCACUUCAGCAACCACCAGACCCUGCAGGACCUCCUCAGCCUGGACCACAGCAACGUCAUGCUCACGCAGUCCGACCCGCUCAUGUCGCAGGCCAGCGCCGCCAUCGCCCUGCAGAACUCCCGCCGCAACGCCCUCCUGCUGCGCAAGGACCACGGCGGCGCCGGCCAAGCCCAAAACCCGCCCGCCUGGCAAGCCAAUAACGGCGGGGCCAAGCACCUGAAGUCUCCCGGGAAGGACCAGGACCGCUUUCCCGCCGACUUAGACCUGGAGGUCUUUAACGGGAGCCUGGAGUGCGACAUGGACUCCAUCAUCCGGAACGAGCUGAUGGAGGCCGACUGCUUGGACCUCAGCUUCGACGCCGCCCACAAUGCCAACAUCAACCCGGGGGGCUUCUCCGCCGCCAAACAGACGUCGGCGCAGAACUGGGUCCAAAGCUGAGAGCUCCGCACCCAACAUGGAUUCAAUUCGUGGAAGUUUGUUUAUGUCCUCUUAUUUUCACAUCCGCUUUCUUUGAAGGGAUGGACCUUGUGGACUUUGAAGGCUGCGUUCAAACUAGUACUCGGGUUUAGAUCGUUGAAGGACCUGGUGGACUUUGAAGGCUGCGUUCACACUAGUACUCGGGUUUAGAUCAUUGAAGGACCUGGUGGACUUUGAAGGCUGCGUUCAAACUAGUACUCGGGUUUAGAUCGUUGAAGGACCUGGUGGACUUUGAAGGCUGCGUUCAAACUAGUACUCGGGUUUAGAUCUUUGAAGGACCUGGUGGACUUUGAAGGCUGCGUUCAAACUAGUACUCGGGUUUAGAUCGUUGAAGGACCUGGUGGACUUUGAAGGCUGCGUUCAAACUAGUACUCGGGUUUAGAUCGUUGAAGGACCUGGUGGACUUUGAAGGCUGCGUUCAAACUAGUACUCGGGUUUAGAUCUUUGAAGGACCUGGUGGACUUUGAAGGCUGCGUUCACACUGAUACUGGGUUUAGAUCGUUGAAGGACCUGGUGGACUUUGAAAGCUGUGUUCACACUAGUACUCGGGUUUAGAUCGUUGAAAGACCUGGUGGACUUUCAAAGCUGCGUUCACACUGAUACUGGGUUUAGAUCGUUGAAGGACCUGGUAGACUUUGAUGGCUGCGUCCGUGUUUAGAUUUUUGAAGUACCUGGUGGCCUUUGAAGGCUGCAUUCACACUAGUACUCGGUUUCAGGUCCAACUUUUGACUCACUGCGCACUUUAGUCUGCGCUCUGGUAUUUUUGGCACGGCACCAAAACCUGUGCAGUAAGUACUAAGUAAGGACUGGACUGUACUGAGGUACCGACCUAAAAUCGAAUAUUUUGAUACCUUUGCUGCACGUCCGGAACUUGGCGUAUUUGUAGCAAAGCGCCUGUAACUGUUGGUAGAAAACGCUCAGAAGUAAGGCUCCACUAGCUCAAAGCUCAUUUAUAUUGGAUAUGCCAUAUACAUGCUAACCAUUAGCAUUAGCGAUUUUCCAUGGCGAUUUCAAUGCCCUCAAAUUUGUCAAUGAAUACCGUGAAGUAAGUGCAAUAUUUAUGCUAUAAAGACUUUGUCAGGUUCAACAUAAGACAAGACGUAAUGGCAAAGACUACUUCCUGACUACGGCAACACACUUAGGACAGACUGAAAUUAAUUCAUACAUGCAAAUGACACUCAGAAGUGUACGGAAAUAAGAUAAAACUGGACUACGGAUGGGUAACUAUAGACUAGACUGGAUGGAAGUACCAACCUAAUUCUGUAACUCACGUAAAAUCUAAUAUUUGGAUACUUUACGUCCGGUUGCAGAGUCGGAACUUGGCGUAUUUGCAGCCUGUAACUAUUGUUACAAUCUUGGUAGAAAACGCUCAGAAGUAAGGCUCCACUAGCUCAAAGCUCAUUGGUCAUGCCAUAUACAUGCUAACCAUUAGCAUUAGCAAUUUUACAUGGCGACUUCAACGCCCCCAGAUUUGUCAAUGAAUACCGUGUGGUGAGUGCAAUAUUUACGGUAUCAACACUUUUGUCGGGUUCAACAUAAGACAAGACGUAAUGGCAAAGACUACUUCCUGACUACGGCAACACACUUAGGACAGACUGAAAUGAUUGCGUACUUGCAAAUGAUACUCAGAAAUGUACGCAAAUAAGAUCAAACUGGACUAGGGAUGGGUAAGUAAGGACUGGACUAGAUGGAAAAAUUGACAUAUUUGGGGGUAUUGAAAUUGCCAUUUAAAAUCGCUAAUGCUAAUUCUUAGCAUGUAUAUGGCAUAUUCAAUGUAAAAUAGCAUUAAGCUAGCACUUUUUAUUUAGGUGUAGCCUGACUGUAGUUUUGAGUGCUUUCUAUGAGACACCCUUACUUUGUUGGCACGAGUCUUGGGCCAGCGCCAAGUCCCGUGCUACAAAAGGUAUCAAAAUAUUACAUGAAAAGGUCCCCAGUAGUACCCGUGGGAUACGUUUGGUCCAUUUGAAAGAACCCAUGCCUAAACUGAACAUCACAGUUAUAAGCGCAGUGAGAGAUUUAAAAAAAGAUUUUAUUAUUUUUAUUAUUAUACAAACUAAAAAUGUAUUUACACAUAAGCCCAAAAAGUACCAAUUGGUACCGUUUAGUAGAGACUGACCAAAUCCUAGAGACUGACCAAAUCCUGCUGGUCCGACCAGGCAAAUCCAACAAUGCCAACAAAGAAAUCGACUCUAAAAAAAAGUGCUCCAACGUGAUUAAAGUCAGGUUUCACUUUUCCAAAAAACGCGCUAGCUUGAUGCUAACAUACAUUGGCUUUGCCACUAACAUGCUACUGAUUAGCAUUGGUGAUUUCAACGCCUCCCAAUUUAGUUAGCAAAAACCACAACACAGAUGCAUGUAACUAAGUACAGUCUUAAUACUUUUUAGGGCACAACAACAGACUUAAUUUGUGGAACUUAAUGUCAUACUUGAAAAAUAAGAGUCAGACACGUGAUACUGAAAAAAGAUACUGGUUAGCAGUUAGCAUAAUCAGCUCAUGUUUAAAUGUUGCGAUAAAAGUGUUUUAUUCUAUUAUCAAAAACAAUAUUUAUUAACACACACUAAAAUACGCAAAAUUGGUACCGGUAUCGCUUCCUAGGUACCAGGAAUUGGUACUGUAUCGCUUCCCAUGAGUAUAGAACAUGCAGGUGUAUUUGUGUAUUCUGCUAUUUGACCCUGAUUGGUCCACUUGUCCGAGGCACACCAGGUCUGGGAGGUUCUGAAGAGGUCCAGACCGAAGCGCACCGGGGUUCCUUUAGAUCAGGGGUCACCAACCUUUUCGAAAGCAAGACCUACUUCUUGGGUACUGAUUAAUGCCAAGGGCUACCAGUUUGAUACACACUUCAAUAAAUUCUCAGAAAUAGCCAAUUUGCUCAAUUUACCUUUAAUAAAUAAAUCUAUAGAUAUAAAAAAAUGGGUAUUUCUGUUUGUCAUUCCGUCAUACAUUUUUUUUCCUUUUACUGAAGGUUUUUUGUAGAGAAUAAAUGUUGAAAAAAACAGAUGAACGGUUUAAAAGAGGAGAAAACAGGAAAAAAAAUCUAAUUAAAUUUUGAAACAUAGUUUAUCGUCAAUUUCGACUCUUUAAAAUUCAAAAUUCAACUGAAAAAAAGGAAGAGAAAAACUAGCUAAUUCAAAUCUUUUUGAAAAAAUAAAAAAUUUAUGGAACAUCAUUAAUAAUUUUUCCUGAUUAAGAUUAAUUUUAGAAUUUUGAUGACAUGUUUUAAAUAGGUUCAAAUCCAAUCUGCACUUUGUUAGAAUAUAUAACAAAUUGGACCAAGCUAUAUUUCUAACAAAGACAAAUCAUUAUUUCUUCUAGAUUUUCCAGAACAAAAAUUUUAAAAGAAAUUUAAAUUACUUUGAAAAAAUAUUUAAAUUUGAUUCUACAGAUUUUCUAGAUUUGCCAGAAUAUUUUUUUUUAUUUUAAUCAUAAUAAGUUUGAAGAAAUAUUUCACAAAUAUUCUUCGUCGAAAAAACAGAAGCUAAAAUGUAGAAUUAAAUGAAAAUGUAUUUAUUAUUUUUUACAAUAAAAAAAUUACUUGAACAUUGAUUUAAAUUGUCAGGAAAGAAGAGGAAGGAACUUAAAAGGUAAAAAGGUAUAUGUGUUUAAAAAUCCUAAAAUCAUUUUUAAGGUUGUUUUUUUUCUCUAAAAUUGUCUUUCUGAAAGUUAUAAGAAGCAAAGUAAAAAAAUAAAUGAAUUUAUUUAAACAAGUGAAGACCAAGUCUUUCAAAUAUUUUGGGGGAUUUUCAAAUUCUAUUUGAGUUUUGUCUCUCUUAGAAUUAAAAAUGUCGAGCAAAGCGAGACCAGCUUGCUAGUAAAUAAAUACAAUUUAAAAAAUCGGGGCAGCUCACUGGUAAGUGCUGCUAUUUGAGCUAUUUUUAGAACAGGCCAGCGGGCGACCUGGUGUUGGUGACCCCUGCUUCAAAGCCAAGCAAACAAGACCCGGUCCUGUGCCAGACUUGGUCUGGUGUGAGUCUCAGGGAAUCGUCACACUUCAACACAUCUUUGCCAAACUAGCGGCCGAGGGCUCGUUUACACUCGGAGAGAAAGAGAAGGUUGCUUUGUCUUCUUUUCAUCUCUGAGGCACACAAACUACUUUCACUUUCAUUUAGGAGCUUUCUUCCCUUCCAUUGACAUUCCAAAUAUGAUGGUGUACACAUAAUGAUGUCAUCAUUAGUUUGCAUCCAGUUUGUCCUUUCACUGACUUUCUUCUGGACAUCUACUGUGCUCGGCCUCACAAAUGAUAUCACAGACUCAGCUGGGUCAUUCCCUUCCUGGGGGGACCAUUCCAUUCUGAAUCUAUUCUGGAUUCAACACGAUUCUCGAUUCCGAAUCCAUGCGACAUAAUGUUUGUUGUUGUGGUCAAGCAGAAAAUGAGCUGGUUGUUUAUUAGAAAGUAUUUUACAUAACACACAGACUAGGACUGGGCGAUACGGCUGAAAACUGUAUCAUGAUUUGAUCCAGUUCCGAUUCAAUUCAGAAUCAAUUUUCGAUUCAACACAGUUCUCCAUUUAGAAUCUAUGCAUCGUAAUUUUUGUUGUUUAUUAGAAAGUAUCUUACAUAACACACAGACUAGGACCGGGCGAUACGGCUGAGAACUGUAUCACGAUUUGAUCCGGUUCCGAUUAUUGGGGUGACGGUUCGAUUCAGAAUAGAUUCUCGAUUUUCGAAUCUGAAUCUACGCGACAAAAUUUGUGUUGUUGUGGUCGAGCAGAAAAGGAGCUGCUUGUUUAUUAGAAAGUAUCUUACAUAACACACAGACUAGGACUGGGCGAUACGGCUGAGAACUGUAUCACGAUUUGAUCCCAUUCCGAUUAUUGGGGUGACGGUUCGAUUCAGAUUUGAUUAUCGCUUCUCGAUUCCAAAUCCAUGCGACAUAAUGUUUGUUGUGGUCAAGCAGAAAAUGAACUGGUUGUUUAUUAGAAAGUAUCUUACAUAACACACAGACUAGGACUGGGCGAUACGGCUGAAAACUGUAUCAUGAUUUGAUCCAGUUCCGAUUCGAUUCAGAAUCAAUUCUCGAUUCAACACAGUUCUCCAUUUAGAAUCUAUGCAUCGUAAUUUUUGUUGUUUAUUAGAAAGUAUCUUACAUAACACACAGACUAGGACUGGGCGAUACGGCUGAAAACUGUAUCAUGAUUUGAUCCCAUUCCGAUUCCUGGGGUGACAAUUCGAUUCAGGUUUAAUUAUCGAUUCUCGAUUCCAAAUCCAUGCGACAUAAUGUUUGUUGUUGUGGUCAAGCAGAAAAUGAGCUGGUUGUUUAUCAGAAAGUAUCUUACAUAACACACAGACUAGGACUGGGCGAUACUGCUGAGAACUGUAUCACGAUACAAGUGUUUUACACCGGUCGAUAUCGAUAAUAACUGAAGUUUUUUAAUGACCUAAGUACAACAAGCACCAUUAAAUGUAAACAUUUGUUUAAAUGUUGACAUUUACCAUAAUACGAAGGAAAGGUCAAAACCCUCAAUGUAAACAUGAUUGUAAAACGACUCGUAACAAUAACAAAAAUAAGGAAUAUAUAAGAAAUGCUUAAUAAAGUGUAAGAAAAUAGUGAAACUUUGAACAUGUAAACUUAGACUGAGUUUACACUGCAGGCCAAAGAUUUUGGCAAAACCAGAUUUGUUUCCAGUUGUUUACACUGCGAGUAAAAUAUGAUAUUUAGCAGACUCCCGUGUAAAUGGUCCCGAUGUGGUCCCGAUGUGAUCCCGAUGUGGUCCCGAUAUGGUCCCGAUGGGGUCCCGAUGCGGUCCCGAUGGGGUCCCGAUGCGGUCCCGAUGCGGUCCCGAUGCGGUCCCGAUGCGGUCCCGAUGCGGUCCCGAUGGGGUCCCGAUGCGGUCCCGAUGGGGUCCCAAUGUGGUCCCGAUGGGGUCCCGAUGGGGUCCCGAUGCGGUCCCGAUGCGGUCCCGAUGCGGUCCCGAUGCGGUCCCGAUGCGGUCCCGAUUGGGUCCCGAUGCGGUCCCGAUGGGGUCCCGAUGUGGUCCCGAUGUGGUCCCGAUGCGGUCCCGAUGGGGUCCCGAUGUGGUCCCGAUGUGGUCCCGAUAGGGUCCCGAUGGGGUCCCGAUGCGGUCCCGAUGUGGUCUCGAUGGGGUCCUGAUGCGGUCCCGAUGCGGUCCCGAUGCGGUCUCGAUGGGGUCCCGAUAGGGUCCUGAUGUGGUCCCGAUAGGGUCCUGAUGUGGUCCCGAUGGGGUCCCGAUGCGGUCUCGAUGCGGUCUCGAUGGGGUCCCGAUAGGGUCCUGAUGUGGUCCCGAUAGGGUCCUGAUGUGGUCCCGAUGCGGUCCCGACGGCACUCGCAGGCGCAGUUGGUCAAAGUGAAAGCACAGGAAGUGGACCAGAUUGCGUAAAUGAACAAGGAAGUCGCUCCCACUGUUACUACACAAUAAAAUAAAAGUCUCCACGACUUAAAAAUUAGUUGUUGUUUUUUUGUUUUUUUAUGUGAACAUAAAUGAAAGUAGUAUAACAAGAAGGACAAGCGGUAGAAAAUGGAUGGAUGAAUAUAGAGUACUAUUUGGGUGGGUUCUAAUCUUUUUAUGGCUGUUAAAGUAGAGACAUCAGCGUCAAGUAACAAUACAUUUGCUUUAUUUUGAAACUCACUUACAGUACAGACCAAAAGUUUAGACUCACCUUCUCAUUCAAUGUCUGUUCUUUAUUUUCAGGACUAUUUACUUUGUAGCUUGUCACAUCAAAACUAUAUUAAUGAUUGGCAAUAAAAGUUAAAAAUAGUGUUGGACUUUGUGUGAUUUAUUCUGGAGGCUACAAUACAUAAUAUUACUUUCAUUUGUUUUCAAGUAAAAAAACAACUUAUUUUCAAACCUCAUUCAAUGCGUUUUCUUUAUUUUUAUGACUAUUUACAUUGUAGAUUGUCACUGAAGGCAUCAAAACUAUAUCAUACGAUUGGCAAUAAAAGUUAACAAUAUUGUUGGACUUCUUUUAUUCUGGAGGCUACAAUACAUAAUAUGACUUAAACAAAACUUAUUGUGAAGGUGUGGCAGGGGAUUCUCUCCAUGAGCUUCAAGAGGUAGUCACCUGAAAUGGUUUUCACUUCACAGGUGUCGUAGUUUUGAUGUCCAACAAUAUUUCUAACUUUUAUUGCCAAUCAUAUAAAAUAGUUUUGAUGCAUUCAGUGACAAUCUACAAUGUAAAUAGUCACGAAAAUAAAGAACACACAUUGACCGAGGUGUGUGCUGCCAGACCUUGAAAAUAAGUUUUUUUUUUACUUGAAAACAAAUGAAAGUAAUAUUAUGUAAUGUUGCUUUCAGAAUAAAUCACACAAAGUCCAACACUAUUUUUAACUUUUAUUGCCAAUCAUGUAAUAUAGUUGUGAUGCCUUCAGUGACUAUCUACAAUGGAAAUAGUCAUGAAAAUAAAGAACACACACAGAAUGAGAAGGUGUGUCCACACAUUCGGUCUGUAUUGUACGUUGAAUUUUGAAAGUCAUAAACCGAAUUAGAAUAAGGACGAGUAAGAUUCGUGGUUCUGAUGUGAAUCCAUUUUUUGUGCACUUGAAAUAACACUUUUGACAAACUGCUACUCUCCUUCCUGUUUGCAACCUGACUUCAAAUGGAUGAAAUAGAAUUAAAUGAAGUGGAUUAUAUUUAUAUGGCGCUUUUACAUACUGAGACCCAAAAUCAGAGUCACAUUCAAAGCAGUGUGCACCGAGCAGGUCGCCUACAGCCGCACAUAAGCCAAUGUUGUUCACUUUGUUCUUAGUUUUUCCCGCCAACAUUAAAAUACAGUAGGCCUAAAUAUUCAUUAAAAACAAAAAGGUAAGAGGUUUCAUUUAACAUGUUUGGCCGCAGUUUGAACAGUAACACCGUAUUUGAAUAUUCAGCUGAUUCUUCGGUUUGCGUGUCACAGUCGUGGAGGUUUUGUGAGGCCGUGUGCAAUAUUUCAUGGCGGGGUUUUUCUAGGCGAAGUCGACUUCUUGGUGCUAUAAAUAAGGAGUAUAAGAAGUUCAACAAAAAAAGGACAUUAAUCAGAGAGAGAGAGAGCGGUGCUAUAAGGACAACAAAAAAAGGACAUAAAUCAUAGAGAGAGGGCGGUGCUAUAAGGGCAACAAAAAAAGGACAUAAAUCAUAGAGAGAGGGCGGUGCUAUAAGGGCAACAAAAAAAGGACAUAAAUCAUAGAGAGAGCGGUGCUAUAAGGGCAACAAAAAAAGGACAUAAAUCAUAGAGAGAGGGCGGUGCUAUAAGGGCAACAAAAAAAGGACAUAAAUCAUAGAGAGAGCGGUGCUAUAAGGGCAACAAAAAAAGGACAUAAAUCAUAGAGAGAGCGGUGCUAUAAGGGCAACAAAAAAAGGACAUAAAUCAUAGAGAGAGCGGUGCUAUAAGGGCAACAAAAAAAGGACAUAGUUCAUAGAGAGAGAGCGGUGUUAUAAGGGCAACAAAAAAAGGACAUAAAUCAUAGAGAGAGCGGUGUUAUAAGGGCAACAAAAAAAGGACAUAAAUCAUAGAGAGAGGGCGGUGCUAUAAGGGCAACAAAAAAAGGACAUAAAUCAUAGAGAGAGCGGUGCUAUAAGGGCAACAAAAAAAGGACAUAAAUCAUAGAGAGAGCGGUGCUAUAAGGGCAACAAAAAAAGGACAUAAAUCAUAGAGAGAGCGGUGCUAUAAGGGCAACAAAAAAAGGACAUAGUUCAUAGAGAGAGAGCGGUGUUAUAAGGGCAACAAAAAAAGGACAUAAAUCAUAGUGAGAGAGCGGUGCUAUAAGGACAACAAAAAAAGGACAUAAAUCAUAGAGAGAGAGCGGUGCUAUAAGGGCAACAAAAAAAGGACAUAAAUCAUAGAGAGAGCGGUGCUAUAAGGGCAACAAAAAAAGGACAUAGAUCAUAGUGAGAGAGCGGUGCUAUAAGGGCAACAAAAAAAGGACAUAGAUCAUAGAGAGAGCGGUGCUAUAAGGGCAACAAAAAAAGGAAGAUCAUAGAGAGAGCGGUGCUAUAAGGGCAACAAAAAAAGGACAUAAAUCAUAGAGAGAGAGCGGUGCUAUAAGGGCAACAAAAAAAGGACAUAAAUCAUAGAGAGAGCGGUGCUAUAAGGGCAACAAAAAAAGGACAUAGAUCAUAGUGAGAGAGCGGUGCUAUAAGGGCAACAAAAAAAGGACAUAAAUCAUAGAGAGAGCGGUGCUAUAAGGGCAACAAAAAAAGGACAUAGAUCAUAGAGAGAGAGCGGUGCUAUAAGGGCAACAAAAAAAGGAAGAUCAUAGAGAGAGCGGUGCUAUAAGGGCAACAAAAAAAGGACAUAAAUCAUAGAGAGAGAGCGGUGCUAUAAGGGCAACAAAAAAAGGACAUAAAUCAUAGAGAGAGCGGUGCUAUAAGGGCAACAAAAAAAUGACAUAGAUCAUAGAGAGAGAGCGGUGCUAUAAGGGCAACAAAAAAAGGACAUAGAUCAUAGUGAGAGAGCGGUGCUAUAAGGGCAAUAAAAAAAGGACAUAGAUCAUAGAGAGAGCGGUGCUAUAAGGGCAACAAAAAAAGGACAUAAAUGAAAGAGAGAGCGGUGCUAUAAGGGCAAUAAAAAAAGGACAUAGAUCAUAGAGAGAGCGGUGCUAUAAGGGCAACAAAAAAAGGACAUAAAUGAAAGAGAGAGCGGUGCUAUAAGGGCAACAAAAAAAGGACAUAAAUCAUAGAGAGAGCGGUGCUAUAAGGGCAACAAAAAAAUGACAUAGAUCAUAGAGAGAGAGCGGUGCUAUAAGGGCAACAAAAAAAGGACAUAGAUCAUAGUGAGAGAGCGGUGCUAUAAGGGCAACAAAAAAAGGACAUAAAUGAAAGAGAGAGCGGUGCUAUAAGGGCAAUAAAAAAAGGACAUAGAUCAUAGAGAGAGCGGUGCUAUAAGGGCAACAAAAAAAGGACAUAAAUGAAAGAGAGAGCGGUGCUAUAAGGGCAACAAAAAAAGGACAUAAAUGAAAGAGAGAGCGGUGCUAUAAGGGCAAUAAAAAAAGGACAUAGAUCAUAGAGAGAGCGGUGCUAUAAGGGCAACAAAAAAAGGACAUCAGCAUUUUUUUUAGUAGGAACCCCAGGAUGCAUUUUUUUCAAUGUGAUUUUUUUGUAAAUGUAUUUAUUUGACGUCCGUCCUCGUGGAUUAAAAAAUGUUUUUGUUGAAGCUCA